AUAAAACACCCGCCGGAAUUAAGCUCCCCCGGGUAGCUUGAGCGGGUAUGGGUGUUUAAUUUUUCUGGAUAUACACAACACCCUACUCUCGGACGUGAAAACAUUUGAACACCCCCCUGCCACUAGAAUCUCCAUUUCUAGCAGGAAAUGCCAGAAUUUCGUCCAAACCCAUUCCUUAUCCUCCCCUCCACAUUUUCGUUUCUUGCCUUUCCUUACGAACCCUAGUUUCUUCCCCGCCAUAGUUCCAGUCCGUACCCGUUCUUAGCAGCAUCGCUUACCGCUUGUAUACGUUCCUGCAUCAACUGAUCCUCCUCGACAGUUCCGCCUCGUUCUCUCCCGGCUUCAGGCCGCAUUUCACGCACGCUGUUCCUGUCAUUCUAUUUUCUGCCGGAUUCCGUCAGAUUCCGUCCUAGAUUCGAUCCGAUCGCUCCACAGCACCUUUCCCCGUCUUUCUUGGAGGUUUUGGCCGGGCUUAGGGGACACCGAAGGCUGCGGGGUUUCCGACCAGCUUGUUACCCGGACUGCUGCUUUAUUUUUGAGUCGACUCAAAGUACACCGGGACUGCUGCGGCAACCUUUUUUCACCCAUCUAAUCGCCAUCUAAUCACCAUCUAGUCGCCAUCUAAUCACCAUCUAAUUACCAUAUAGUCCCUGGUCACUUUUUCCCAGUAGUCAAUCACUCCUGUUCGCGGUUCUGCAGUGGAGUCAGGGUUCCCCAGGAGUCGCAAGCAGCACAUUCCCGCAGGUUCCUUCUUUUAAGGCCGUUUAGACGUCCGAGACGUCCCAAAAGCCGUUGCUGUCGUCAGGUUGACGCCUCAAAUUCCAGCCCUUUAGACUUCUGGUCGCCUCAAGUUCCAUCCCUUUCGACGUCUGGUCGCCUCAAAUUACAUUGCUGCUCUGGUCGCCCCGUCGUCCCGUCAACGCUGCCAUUGCUUAGCCGUUGCCGCAUUUUUUAGGUUCAGGCAUGAGCGGUACUCGCCCCCAGCAGCAGCACCGACUCCCUGAGAGCCGCGGACGAAGUGCAGCUGUGGGGGAGAAGGAGGAUUCGGAUGGGGAUGUGAUUCUGGUAGAUAGUGAUGAUGAUGAUGAGGAGGAGGAGGAGGAGGAGGAGGAGGAGGAGGAGGAGGAGGAGGAGGAGGAGGAGGAGGAGGAGGAGGAGGAGGAGGAGGAGGAGGAGGAGGAGGGGGAGGAGAGAGGGAAGGAUGUGAAGAAACACAAUGGGGGGGUGGGAGCAGGGGAUUUGAAAGCGAAGGCACAGGGGAAAGGAGAGGUGAAUGGAUUAGGGGGAAUGGAUAGAGGGGUCGAAGGAAAGGAAGCCGAGAAGGCUUGUAACGGGGUUGCCAAUAAGAGAGGUGUUACUGCAGGCGAGAAACGAGAGAUGCCACCCAAUUGUGAAGUCGUUGUGUUGGACGACAGUGAGAGUGACAAGGAGGAGCAGGAGGAGGAGGAGGAUGUGGAUGUGGAUGUGGAUGUGGAGGGGGAUGAGGAGGAGGAGGAGGAGGAGGAGACUGCUGCUGCUGCUGCUGGAUGUGCUGCUGCUGUUGCUGUUACCUCGACAAAGUCGCAGCCUCCAGCAGUGAAACCCACAGCACCGAAAUCAUCCAGUGCCAAGUCUCCAUCUGUUAAGUCUCCGAGUGUUAAGUCUCCGAGUGUUAAGACUCCGAGUGUUAAGACUCCGAGUGUUAAGACUCCGAGUGUUAAGACUCCAGGGUCCAACUCCGCAACAGCAGCAGCCAAAUCACCAGCAGCAGCCAAGUCACCAGCAGCAGCCAAGUCACCAGCAGCAGCCCAGUCUCCUGCAGGCACAGGGAAAGUUGGAGCCAAGGCAAAAGCGGCGUUGGUUGUUUCACCUGCGGUUGAGCCACCUUCUGGUAGCCGUCUGUCUGCUGCGCCUACCGACACUGCCAGUACUGGGCAAAAGAAGAUGAACGGAUCCGAACAGGGAAAGGGCGCAGGCGAGCAGAAGAGGAAGCGAUCCCCUGGUGAAGAUGGGGAGAGGAAGAGCAGGGCGAAGGAGGAGCGGAAGGCACCCCUUGAGAGCGCAGAGAGGAGGGAGGAGGAGAGGGACGGCGGUGUAGGUGGUAAAGGGACUUCUGCAGAGUGGGGCUCAAACGGGCGGCAGAGGGAUGGUGGGGGUGGUGGGGGUGGGGAGGGAAGCAGGGAGGAGGGGAGGGGGAGAAGGGAGGGGAGGGAAGCGGAAGCGAUGGAGGCUCGGGGAGAAGGGGGAAAUGGAGGGGAGGAGGAAGAGAGGGAGGGGCAAGAGGGGGAGAGCAGUCGAGGGGAAGGGCACGAGGGGAGGCGAGCAUCUUUAGGAGUGGCAGGACUGUUCCAUCUGCCGUUCUCUCGAGUGAAGCGAGUGGCUCAGGAGGCCGUGGGCAGCAGCUUCUGCAGCUGGCGCGGUGGUGCGGGGCGUGGGACAGAGAGGGAGAAGGAGAAUGAAAAGAAGGAGAAGGGGAGGGAGAGGGAGAAGGAGAGGGAGAGGGAGAAAGAGAUGCAUCUUAGUGGGGAAGCUGCGACGCUGAUUACCCAUGCAACGGAGCUCUUCCUAGGAGCGUUCGUCUCAGGGGCUCUAGAGCACCCGCACACCAUCGCAGAGCAAAACUCGGUGCUCCACUACCGGCACUUAGCUGCUGUUGUUUCUGACACUCCCCGUUUUGACUUUCUAUCCGGUGGUUUGCUUUGACUGAACCUGCUGCUCUUGUUUUAGAUCCCCCUCUGCAUUUUGGUUCCCCCUCUGCAUUUUGGUUCCCCCUCUGCAUUUUGGUUCCCCCUCUGCAUUUUGGUUCCCCCUCUGCAUUUUGGUUCCCCCUCUGCAUUUUGGUUCCCCCUCUGCAUUUUGGUUCCCCCUCUGCAUUUUGGUUCCCCCUCUGCAUUUUGGUUCCCCCCUCUGCAUUUUGGUUCCCCCUCUGCAUUUUGGUUCCCCCUCUGCAUUUUGGUUCCCCCUCUGCAUUUUAGUUCCCCCUCUGCAUUUUGGUUCCCCCUCUGCAUUUUGGUUCCCCCUCUGCAUUUUGGUUCCCCCUCUGCAUUUUGGUUCCCCCUCUGCAUUUUGGUUCC